AUGAACGCAUAUAUUUAUGAAAAUGAAUUACUUCUUAAAUUAGAAAAGGAAGGAUUUAUUACUCCAGAUGAAAAAGUAAAAGAACUUUUAAAAGAAUUGACAGAAAUAAAAUAUUUAUUUUCUUUAAAAUUACUUUUCGAAAAUUUUCAAAAUAAUUUUUCAUCACAAAUUUUAAUAAAUUCAUUAAAAGCAUUAUCAGAUCCUACUCAAUUUGAUUAUUAUUCAAAAGAAAGUAUAAUUAGAUUAGAAUUACAUUUAAGAACCUUGGUAAUAGUAUUAGAAAGAAUAUGUUUUUCCCCAAUAAUUCUUAGUAAAGAACUUCGAGAUAAAAUUUAUAAUUCUUUAACAAAAUUUGUUGAAAUUCAUCGAAAGACAACACAAGUUAUUGAAAUAGGAAUUGAUAAUAAUUUUAGAUCAAGUUUCAAUCAAUUUAAUCAACAAAAGGAUAAUAAUAAUAAUGAUAAUAAUAUCAUUAAUAAGCGUAAUUAUAAUAUUGAUUUUUUAUUAGUUCACUUAAGAGAUACAUUACAUAGCCUUCGUGAUGAUGAAACUUGGUUUCAGGAAAUUUUAAGAAGGACAAAAGAUAUAUUAAAAGCUUUAUUAAAUAUUAGUCCAGGAGUAUUAUCGAUUGUGGCACCUGGAAUUACCAUUUCAAAUGAUAGUUCAAUACUUCAAAUGCUUUCUCAAUUACGUCAAGGUUUAACCUUCAAAUAUCCAGUAGCUUCUUAUUAUGUAGAUUGGAGAAUUAUGUUAAUAAUUCAACAUAAUGUUAUUAAUUGGUCAGAAAGUGAUAAAAAUAUAAUUAGUAAAAAAUUCGGAGAAAUGAUUAUAAUGGAACAUUUAUGGAGUUAUUUGGAAAGAGAAUGGAUUAAUAUUUUUGAUAAAACCAUGUUAGAUUCUCAAACAAAAUUUGAUGAAGUAUCAAAUAAACUCAAUAAAGCAUUAAUAAAUACAGGAAAUUUUUUAAAUGAUCUUAUUAAUGGAAGUGAACCUCUUGCAUUACCAGAUACAUUAUGGUUUGGAAUUUUAGAUCUUGCACAAAAUCUUAUUCAAAGGUCCACUCAUACGGCUACAUAUGGUCUUUGUUAUUAUUUAGCAAUUGAAUCACUUAAUAUGGCACCAAGUAGUUUCAUUCAAUUUAAGGCAAUUGAAAUAUUAUUAUACUUGAAUAAUAUUAAUAAUGAAUUAUUUUCGAUGAUAGAAAUUGAUUUUAAUCAAUAUGCAGCAAAAUUGGAUAAAAAUGAUUCAUUAAUAAAAUUUCAAAAUUUAUUAAUAUUUGUUAAAGAAAAAUGUCAACAAGAUUUUAAUUUAUUAAAUGGUGAUAUAUUAUUAGGAAAAGGAAAAGGAAAAAGUUUGGAACAAAAUACAAUAUUUAAAAAAGAAGAAAUAUUACCUUCAACAAUUUUAGAUAUUAUAGCAAAUGAAAUAACAUGUCCAAUUAGUAAUGAACCAACAAAUCAAUUAUGUAUAUUAAAAUGUCAACAUGUAUUAUCAUUAAAUAAUUUAAAAAAAUUAAAACAAAAGAAAUGUCCAAAAUGUAGAGAAAAAGUUGAAGAUAAUGAUAUUAGAUAUUUACCACAAAAUGCUAUAUAUAAAAAUUUAUAUUCUUAUCUUUAUGAUGCUGGAUAUAUUUUACCUUCAAUUGAAUUUGAAGAUUCAUCAAAUAAUCUAUAUGAGAAUGAUUCUAAUAAUUCAGAAGUUGAUCUUAUGUUAACUAAAAAUAAGAAAUUGAUUAAAGAAAUAAAACUUAAUUCAAAUAGAUUUACAUUAAUACAAUCAAUAUUUCAAAUUACAAAAUCAAAAAAUUUAACUUAUCAGGAAGUUAUAAAAGUAUUAGAAGAAAAAAAAUAUGGAAAAGCUGUAUUAAUAUGUAAAAAAUAUUUAGGAAAUUUUCCUAGAAGUUAUACUAUGAGAUGUAUUUUAGCUUAUGCUUAUAGAAAUCUUAACAGUUAUAAAUUAGCUUUUUUAUACUUAAAUGAAGCUAUUAAAUUAAAAAGAAAAAAUCCAAUUGCAUAUUGUAUUCGUGGAGAAAUUUUUUUCAAACAAAGUAUAUAUGAAUAUGCAAUAUUUGAUUUAAAUAUCUCAAUAUCAUAUAAGCUUAAAGUAAAUAAUGUAUAUAUAUUAUUAGGUAAUAGCAAUUUACUUGAAGGAGAAAAGUCUCAAGAAAAAAAUGAUUAUACAAUAUCAUGUUAUAAUCAUGCAUUGAAAAAUUAUAAUAUUGCAUUACAAAAUAAUCCAAAUAAUUAUAUAUGUCUUAAGAAUUGUGCAUAUAUUUAUGAAUGUCAAGAAAAGUAUUUAAAUACUUUAGAAAUGUUGGAUAAAUUAUUAGGUAUUAAUCAGGAUGAUUCAUUAUUUUUAUGUUAUUAUGGAGAAAUUCUUAAUGAUUUAAAAAGAUAUAAUGAAUCAUUAAUAAUUUUUACAAAAGCAUCUAAUUUAGAUCCUGAAAAUAUUCAUAUUUUAAUUAAACAAGCUAUUACUUAUUAUAUUAUUCAAAAAUAUGAUUUAGCUUUAUUGAAUCUUGAAAAAGUUAUACGGAUGGAUCCUUUAAAUAGUAUAGCAUAUUAUUACAAAGGGUUAACAUAUUAUAUGAUGGAAAAAUAUAGUAAUGCCAUGAUUACUUUGGAAAAAUUCAUGGAAUUGGAUUUUAAUGAUGAUUUGGCAAAUAUGUUAUUUUAUUAUUUAAAAGAUUUAUUGGAUGAUAACAAUUUUGAAAAUUGGAAUAAUGAAAUUCUUUUAAAAAUCAACCAAUUUUCAUAUAUUAAUAGUAAUAAUUUAUUACUUCUUAUAAGAUGUAAAGCAUAUAUUAAAUUGAAAAAUUAUUAUGAAGCAAAUAGGGAUUUAAAUAGAUUAUUUGAAUUAAAUAAUAAUAUAUCAUUUAUUUAUUUAUUACAAGAAUAUUCCGAUUUUUGGUCAUAUUUAUGUAAUUAUCAUGGAAUAAAUAACGAGGAAUCUGCAAAAUUUGGAAUUAUUGAUGAAUUUAAUAAUUAUUUAUAUAAUGAAAAGAAAGUUUACUUGAUUUCAAAUCUUUUAAAUUCUAAUAAGAAAUUUUCCAAGUUUCUAGAAAACGAUUCAGAUAGCGGAAACCAAAGUUCGUCAGAAAAGGCAAUUACUUUUAAAGGUGAAAUGCCUUCUAUCGGUUUUCCCAAACUUUUCAAUAACAAAAAAUUAUCUUCGCAUUUCAUAACUUGGAAAAUAAAUAUCAAGAAGAUAUUAUCUGAAGAAUGCUUUGUGAAAUUCACCAUUAUAGAGGGAAACGAUAACGAUAACUCGAAUACGUUAUCGCGUGAACAUGUAUUAAAAUAUGAUGAUAUUUUAAAACUUGAAGGAAUAGGUUGGAUUGAAUAUACACUUCCAUUUUCAAUAUUAACAGAUAACAAUAUGGAAUGGAUACAACCUUCAAUUGAUAUGAAAAAUCAUUCGAUCAUUAUGCAAAUAGAUUAUGUUCAAUUCGUAACAUCUGAAAGACAAACGAUUUAUGCUACUAAAAUGGGACAUUUCUUACCAAUACAUAAAUUAUAUCCAAAUAUUCCAGAAGCUUUUAAGGAUAAGUAUUUUUCAAAGAAAGAAAUGGAGAAUUUGAUUAAUUUGAAAGACAUAAUUAAUAAUUAGCAGAAAUAUAUUAAGGAUUAUUAAUUUGUUAUAUAUUAUUUAAUUUAUAAAAUACCGCAUAAUCAAUUUAUU